ACAGAAUGUGGACGCCAUGAGUGGUGGGAAGUUAAGUUGUGGUGUUGGUGGUGGUGGUGAAAAAUUGGAUAUUCGUUAGUUUUGUUUUUAGUGUUUUGUUUUAAUGACUUGUACAAGGUAGACAGUGGAACUGUAUUGAUUUUCAACAUAUGUUGAUUAUGCCGACACGGAGAACCUGUUCCAUUCAAAGUAUGCCCUAGAAAAAUAUUUUUUGCUUUGUUGGUCCAGUGACACAAAAGACAAAAGGAAUUUCACCCAAAGUCUCCGAUAUUAGACACCCAAGAGAGAGCUCUAUAUAAAUAAUAUGGAGGGCAUUGGGAGAGGUGGUCGUGGGGCCAAGCUGCUGGAGGCCCUAAGGGCACAGCAGCGCAGACCUGGCAGUGAGGAACCCGAUAGUUCCCAACCAGUUCCAGAUGUUAAGUCUGGAUUUUCCCGCGGACGUGGAGCGUUGCUUCCUGAACAGCAUGUUGCAUCUUCACAAGAAACUGCUGAAGCCUCAUCCCGUGAAGCACCAUUGGUGGGAGGUGGUCGUGGACAAAAACUAAUGGCACUUAUAAAAACAUCACAGCACAGAGUACAAAGUACAACACCAGGGCCAGUGUCAACACCUGUUGUUUCUACUACUACUGCUGCUCCAGCAGCAGCAGCAGCAGCAGCAGCAGCAGCUCCCACUCCUGCAGUAAGACCAGUGGGCAGGGGUCGUGCGGCACUGUAUGAAGCACUUCGUAGUAUGCCUGGAACCUCAAGAGGUAUACCUGCUCCUGUACCUACACAGAAGCCUCCAGAGACAGCCAUACCAGUGGAAUCUCUGGCCCAAAAGAUGGAGCAGGUGGAAAUAGAGCGAAAACCCCCAGUAGUGUGUAUGGGACAACAGGGAGAACGUAUACCAGCAACAGCCAAUUACAUAAGGUUAGCAGUGCAACCAGACAAAGGAGUAUUUGAAUAUGAAGUACGUUUCUCUCCUACUGUUGAUUCCAAAAGUAUAAGAAGCAAGAUACUGAACAGUCUUGCAGAUAGCAUUGGGCGCUGCAAGACCUUCGAUGGUGUAACACUUUAUUUACCCAUAAAAUUGACAGAAGAGGUUACAACAUUGACAUCUAAUCAUCCAGUCGACAACUCGUCAGUAACAGUCAGAAUAAUAUUUAAGAGAAAAAAAAAGAUUCAUGAAUGUAUCCAUUUAUACAAUGUCCUCUUUAAGAGGAUUAUGGGUAUCUUGGAAUUAGCGAGGGUCGGAAGAGAUACAUAUGACCCACAUGCUGCCCGUGUAAUACCCCAGCACAAACUGGAGGUUUGGCCAGGCUACGUGACGGCCAUAGAUGAAUACGAGGGAGGUAUACAGUUGUGCUGCGAUACAUCGCACCGAGUACUGAGAACACAGACUGUUUUGGAUGUAAUUGCAGAUAUAUCAACUCGGAAUCCAACUGCUUUUAAGGAGCAUAUUAUGAAAACAGUAAUAGGUGCUUCAGUCCUGACUCGAUACAACAAUAAAAUUUAUCGAGUUGAUGACAUAGCAUGGAACAGAAGCCCACGUGACACAUUUGACACAACCAGUGGUGAUACGAUUACUUAUUGUUAUUACUACAAGAAGCAGUAUGGCCUUGAUAUCAGUGACUUGCAGCAGCCAUUGCUUGUCAGCAAAGUAAAGAAAAGGUUGCAGAAUCAAGAGAAAACUGAACAGCUUAUAUGUCUCAUACCUGAGUUGAGCUUCAUGACUGGACUUACUGAUGAAAUGAGAAAUGAUUUUAGAGUGAUGAAAGAUAUUGCAACAUACACACGUGUAACCCCAAAUCAAAGACAGGCAUCGCUGAAAACUUUCAUCAACAGAGUAAUGUCAAAUGAUCGAGCAAAGUCUUUGUUGGAAGACUGGGGUCUUAAUUUGGAGCCAUCAACAGUAGAACUCACAGCAAGAGUCGUCAAGAAUGAAGAAAUAAUUUUUGGUGGUAACAGGACGGUUCCUGGCACCUCACAGGCUGAAUGGAGCGGUGCAUUGUCUCGAAAUAUGGUCAUAUCAGCAAUUGACUUGAUGAGUUGGGUUCUUUUGAGAACAACUCGAGAUUCUCGAUUUGGAAAUGAUUUUAUGGAGACGAUGCAGAAAGUGGGUCCACAGAUGGGCAUUCAGAUAGCACAGCCUUCUGUGGUGGAACUUCGUGAUGAUAGAACGGAAUCAUAUGUCCGUGCUCUUCGUGAGAGCAUAAGACCUAACGUACAGUUAGUUGUUGUUAUUUGUCCAACAGCAAGAGAUGAUCGGUACUCUGCAAUAAAAAGGAUAUGUUGCAGUGAAAUGCCUGUAGCUUCACAGGUAAUAAAUUCCAGAACAUUAUCAAAGAGAGAUAAGUUGAGGAAUAUAGUGCAGAAGAUAGCACUUCAAAUCAAUUGUAAAUUAGGCGGCACACUGUGGGCUGUCAAAGUGCCCUUGGAUAAUUUAAUGGUGAUAGGAAUUGAUUCCUACCAUGACACACUCAGGAAAGGAAGCAGUGUUGCUGCAUUUGUAUCAUCUUUGAACAAAUCUGUUACUAGAUGGUACAGCCAAGUUUGUAUUCAAGGUCCUGCCCAAGAAUGGGUAGAUAGUUUGCGAGCUUGCUUCAUAUCAUCUUUGAAGAAAUAUCAUGAGGUGAAUCACAGAUUUCCUGAUAGGAUAAUAAUCUAUCGGGAUGGCAUAGGUGAUGGGCAGUUAUCUGUGUGUCGAGAUUAUGAAGUGCCACAAUUCAUAAGUUGUUUUCCAAAUAUCAACCCAUCUUACAGCCCAAAAUUGACGUUUGUUGUCUGUCAGAAGAGGAUAAAUACUCGAAUUUUUGCACAGACAAAUGGUUCAUUGGACAAUCCACCUCCUGGAACAGUGAUGGACAACACUAUCACUCGACGUGACUGGUCUGACUUCUUCCUAGUUUCUCAAAAUGUGAGACAGGGAACAGUUUCACCAACACAUUACGUUGUCAUCUAUGACACAAGCAGCAUGCAGGCUGACCACGUCCAGCGUAUGACCUACAAGAUGUGCCACCUAUAUUACAACUGGCCUGGCACUGUACGAGUACCAGCCCCUUGUCAAUAUGCACACAAGCUUGCCCAUCUUGUAGGACAGAACAUCAGAAAGGAGCCGUCUGACAAAUUGGCAGACAGGCUGUUCUUUCUGUAGAAUGUGGCAAUCUGUUCUGGAACCACUUUAAAUAAAGUGCUCUCAGGAAAAGCAAACAACACAGCACAGUGUGGUGUUACUAUUGUGAAUAAUGUGGAAGUAUUUUUUUCUGUAGAGAUAUUAUAAUCCAGUGAAAAACUGAAUAUGUUGUGUGUUAAUUUUAGAAAAUAGAUUUGUAGGGAAGUUACAGAAAAUUGUGUAAUAUUGUGUAAAGACAUACUUUAUUCUAUCUGACCAUGUAUUUGAAAAUAUUAAUGCAUGUGAGUAUGGGCAAUUCCAUAUUGGUAACGUUUAAGUUUUGCUUCUUUUGCAUUGAUCAGUAUUGCUGAUUUUCAGUAUAUUCUCAACAAAAUUGUUUCAGCUAUCCCACAACAUACUCCAUUCUGGUUAAGCAGAAUGCUCUGCUCCCCAUACCCUUUCAUUUUUUUAUUUUAAUUUUAAUACCUCUGUGAAUUGUGUUAAUUCUUUGUCAUAACACUUAUGUAACAAUUUGUAUAAAUAGCAGCCUUGAUUUAAGGCUCUCUGUCAUUAUAUUAUAGAAUUGCUGCUGUAUGAUUGACGAUUCUGCAACAGCACUUGCAGAAAAUAAUGUGACAGAAAUAUCCAAUGUACGACUUACUGAACAUGACUUGCGAGGUGCAGAUUGCUUAAACUAUGUUUUAGUUUUUGUACAGUUGGAACACUUGUUCUGGUUCUUUGCAGUAUUUGUAAAAACGAGGUCAUGUUUAACAUUCCACUGUGUAAUUAUUACAUUUUAUUGCUUCAGUGAAGAUAACUUGUGUGACUCCAAGCUACAUAACUCGAUUGUUGAUUUGAAACUUGUCAUAUUGCUGUUCUGGGCAAGAAUAGAAAUUUGAAACUGUUGCAGUCAUGAUUUUAUGUGUUUUCAUUAUUUUAGCCCAUGUGCUUUAAAUAUUUAGGUUGUUAGAACUUUUAGUACAUAUGUAACAUAACUUGUACAGUUCUUUGCCUUUAUUUUAUCUGUAAUGGACAUUGAGAAUCAGUCAUUAUUAUUUAAUGCUAAUAGUGCUGAGUUAAGACAAUUGUCAGCACCAUGAAAUAUAGUUCCUAUAGUAUUUCAGUUAUUAAUGUAUCAUCUGCAUUUUCCUAGGAACAGUUCCUGGAACCCACCUCAAUUACAAUUUAUUGUACAUAGUAAUGAAAAUUAAAAAAAAAAAAGCUUGUUAAAAAUAUACCCAUUUAGUGGUGAAUGGAGACACAUUCCAUUUCGUGCUCAAGAGUGCAAUUUUAUUUGACA